GGUUAAUUGUACGUCUGAUAGCUGCAGCGUUUAUCCUUUAUUGUUUAAUCAACAUUGCCUGGAAUAUGAUCAGCAAGGUGCUUCCUGCAGUGGUAAAGUCUGCUGGUGGAUCCAGGAAAGCACUCAAGGCAGAGGAUGAGGAAUUAUAGUGUUCUUCUCGCAGAAUGCAUCUCUUUAAAAUCCAAAGGUUGUUACCUACCAAUCAACUAUGGUGGGCUAAAGGAUUAUUUCUAAUUUUGGUUUUGGUGGUCAUGGUUCAGUUAACAACAUGGUUAGAGACCAGAAUAUCAAGAAAAAGGGCAGAAAGAAUUUCGAUUAUAGAUGCCAAGAUUGCUGACAUUGUUAGAAACAAGGUUCAGCCAACAUUUUCAGGAUUAGGAGGAGCUAGGACUAAUAUACUUAUCCUUCAUUAUCAUCCUGUUUGUCCACUGUGUAAACUUACAACGGAAAUACCCAACUCAUUUCAAGUUGAUCUUUAUCAGAAGUUUUUGGAUUUGAGGAAUACAGCUCUACUUCCAACCUUACUUCAAACAAAUGCAGUAACGUUGGCCAGUGCAGUUAAUCUUAUUCGGUCUGUUUAUACCUGUCCGAAUUCAACCUCAAGCAAACUUUUAUCUCAAGAAGAAAUGAAAAAAUGUUCUGAGUCACAAGUGAAGAUUGUUCUGAGUAGAUUCUUUAGUUUAUCUGAAUUUGAACCCAUUAUUCAUGAGUUUAAAUCCUCAAUCAUGGUUUAUAUAAUCCCGUCCGAUCCACGUCAUCAAAUGAAGACGAUCCAACUGAAUAUGGACAAAGCACAGAAACUCCAACAUUUUAAGAUGUUGUGCCACAAAAUGACGCAAGAUUUGGAUUUGAGCGAAGAACAGGGUGUCUUUCUUCCCUUAGCCUUCAGUACAAUUUAUCACGAGGUUUUUCUUAUCAGACCUUGGAGGAUUUGGCAGAAAAUCAAUAGUGGUCUUCAUUUAACAGUUGAUCCGUUAAAAGAGAAAACGAGGCUUGAAGAGAAAUAUAAGUUUAACCUUCUCCCCGAGUAUUCUUGGCUUUCAGAAAAUCCAGGAAAUACGACAAGUGAUUAUAGACUCGUGGAUAAUGUUUGUAAAGAUUUUUAUUCUAAAAGUAUUUACAGAAACAUUGAUGACAAAACUAGAUUUUACAGGUUGCAAGGAGCUCUUCUUCCGUUAAAGACAGGAGGGGAAAUAUUUCAUGGCUAACAAUGUGAUUUUUAGAAAAAAUGUGAUUUUUUAGAAACAACGUAGAUCAGAAUUCAAAUUUAUUUGUGACAUCUUUCAAAUUA